AUGAUCUUCCGUCUGGUCUUCCCCGCAACGAACCUGCUCACAGUCCAAGACGAUGCCGCUCACAAAACUCUUAGAAAGGCGCUUCAGCCGGCCUUCACGGCAAAGGCUUUGAGGGACCAGGAGGAAAUCACCCAGUUUCACGUUCAAGCAACUUUGGAUGCGCUGGCGGUGGCGGCGGCGAAGGCACCCGAGACCCCUAUUAGCAUCACCCGAGAGUUGGAUAUUUACGAACAUCAAAAGGACGUAUAUGCCCAGGUCGCGCCGAUCAUGGAGUUAUUCCAACACCUGGCCUCGGUUCCGAUUAUCGGAUCCAUCAUCAUCUUCUCCGUCAUCACGUGUAGAAAGUUGGUAGGCGCAAAUCAACAUAUCCUCGGGAAAAAGGAGCUUGAAAGCCAUAUCGAAAGCAAGCGCAGCGGAAAAGACUUUCUAUCAGCAAUUUUGUCUGCCCAAGACGCUGCGCACUUGACACCUGAAGAGCUAUACAGCAACAUGACACUGCUUUUAAUGGGCGGAUACGACAGUAGCUAUGUGACACUGUCAGCAGUGUUCUAUCAUCUCCUCUCGAAACCUGAUGCGUACAAACGCCUACAAUCCUCCUUGCGCCGUGACUUCGCGUCCGUCGAUGAUAUCACCUGUCUCGCUGUCCUACAGCAGCCUUUGCUGGAUGCUUGCAUCAACGAAACCCUCCGUCUCGUUCCCCCUAUCAAUGGCCAUGGUAGUCACCGUGUUGCAGCACAGGGCACUACCAUCGAGGGCGUCUGGGUACCAGCCGGCACACUCGUCAGCGCCGAUUUCUACACUAUUCACCGCGACCCCAAGUUCUGGGCUUUCCCGGAUGAGUACCACCCCGAGCGUUGGCUUGAAGAGUCAAAUGGACCGGGAACUCCGUUCGCUAAAGAUGUUCGCAACAACUGGAAACCUUUCUCUGUUGGUUCUCGUGCUUGUAUCGGUCGCGAGAUGGCGUUACAAUCAAUCCGGUUGUCUGUGGCUAAGAUUGUUUAUAUGUUUGAUCUGACCCUCGAAGACCGCGACAUGGUUUGGGAUCGAGAUGUAGGAAGCCAUUUCAUGUGGCAUGGCUUUAACAUCCGCGUCAAGGUCGCCAAGGCUUGA